AUGAUUCCACGAAGAUCCUUUCAGCAUCAACAAGAGGAUAAGGUUUGUUUCCCUUCGUCCCUCCCAGGGCAUCCCGCGAGCCACAUUGUGCGCUUUCUCCUCUUCCGCACAAGGAGGACAAGGCGUUUGUUCGUAGGACCAAUCAUCCCAGCUAGGGGGUUUCGUCUGCUUGCUCCCGCAUCCUUCCCGCCGGCCAAACAGCAGCCACAGAGUCAACUUAUCCGCAUCCAUCCCGCCUGUGUUGUAGUCGCCGUCACAGCAUCAUUCCUUUUCUUCAGCUCGUCGCUCGUUUCAUACCUCUCUUCUGGCAUCUGUUUCGCUGUCCGUCGACUUGCUGUCACAGCGAGCGAAAGCAAAAAAGAAAAGACGCCGUCGAAAGAGGCUGAAAUUGCUUCUUUUUUACCUUUGAUGAGUCAGCAGACACGUGGGUCUUUGCCGAAGCCGGUUUGUACUUUUGUGGUCGAGGCGCAAAGAUGGAAAGACUUAUAUAUCAAAAGACACCGCCGAGGCAGACCUGGAGCAUCUCGCGACAGUGAUUUAUUGCAAGAAUUGUUCAUUUUACAGUCUCUUCAGCAGCAGUUGGCGAUGAAUUUACCCAGGUACACGCCAGAGGAUGAAGUUUGCAAAGUAAGUCCCACACUAAGGAGAGAUACUUGGCUCCUGGUUACCUUCGACAGAGCAGGUGGGAAGAAGAAGGUCAAAGCCAUCGCAAGAGCUCUUCGACAUGUCGAACAGGCAUCGUGGACUCCUGGGCGGCGGAGGUUCAGCCAAAUUAGCGCUACACGCCGUGACUCGAUCCAAUUUCCCUUGACGCCUAAUGAGAUACCUGGACUCAGCAGUGUAACGCAGCGUCAUGCAGGUGAUUGGGCGAACCAAGCCGCACCGGAACGGUCACCGCUUCGAACUCCAGCAUCUCGAUUCGACCAGACUGAAGGAUAUGGAAGCAUUGUGCCACCACGACCGAGCCACACAGUUUCUCCCUCUUUAGCUCCUUCCUCACUUCAGCUUCCUGAUCCCGCAAUUGAUCCAGAGGACAACUAUUUCACGCCCCGGAAUGAAUCAUCUACUCUACACAAUGACGGGCUUUUGGCACCCUAUACAAACAGGCAAAAGAACCUUCGCCCUGGACAAAAUACACAAUCCGGGCGCGGAUCAUUACGCAAGCAAAUAAGAGAUCGGCGACCUACAAUUGGCACCCCUGGCCCAAGACCUUCGUUUAUCCACCGAAUGUUCUCAUCUAGCCCAGAAUAUGAGAAUUCUAAAACCCAGGCACCCGCACGAGAGCAGGCUCUUGCAGAACUGAAAACUAAGGAGGCCGAGUUUUUCGCUUUCAUGGACAAAGAGCUGUCAAAGAUCGAAACCUUUUAUAAGUUAAAAGAGGAUGAAUCGACUAAGAGGCUGCAAUUACUCAGGGAUCAGCUACAUGUCAUGCGGGACUUACGACUUGAAGAAAUCAGGUUGAAGAAAAACCAAUCAAAAUCUGAAUCUGAAGAGGCCACGAAUGGCAUCAAAGGCCCUGCGGGCCAGACCGCUGCCACCUGGACUAGACCUUUGGCCCGAGGUAGAGGCUCCCAUAUCGGGAAGACAACCAAGGCAAUGGCACAAUUAUCAACACCUAGCGGCCCAGUACCACGGGCAAUGCCGGAUGAGCAGAGAGAUUUUGUCACCCGCAAAGAAUACCAAAGUGUACCUUAUACCUCUGCAAAGAGGAAACUAAAGCUUGCCCUUUUAGAAUUCUAUCGCGGCUUAGAACUGCUUAAAUCAUAUGCUGAUUUAAACAGAAAAGCAUUUCGAAAGAUGAAUAAAAAGUAUGACAAGGUUGCAUACGCCCGCCCCACUGGGAGGUAUAUGACUGAAAAGGUCAAUAAGGCAUGGUUUGUACAGAGUGACAUUGUUGAGAAUCACUUAGUUGCAGUUGAAGAUUUGUAUGCCCGUCAUUUUGAACGAGGGAACCGCAAAGCUGCCACUCAUAAACUGCGUGGCAAAGCAGGAAUUCCAACGGACUACUCCCCAAAUUCGUUCCGAAAUGGGCUAAUGCUAGCCGGGGGACUCGUAUUUGGUGCGCAGGGCCUUGCCUAUGCAAUUGGUCACUUGUUCAGCGAUGAAAUAGACGUCAAGACAGAAACCAGUUAUCUUCUUCAGGUACAGCAAACAGAUACCUCUACGAUGGGAGACCUUUCUAACAUUUAUUUUCUCUAG